UAUAAUCAGCGGCGCCGCGCAUUGCAUUGUGGGUAAGAAGUCAGUCCCUGCCGCCAUAGCUGUCUACCGGUGAAGGAGAGGUCCUUGAGUCAUGAGAGGAAUCCGGUAUUUUAAUAAUGUCCCGAAACGGUGCUAUGCUGCUGCCAGGAGGAGUGAACCCCUGACUGAACCCCUCUCGGGCCGCAAACCCUCCCCUGCGGCCCCUCUUCCUCCCCAAAAUGUCCAGGUCUCCAAGCUUCCCAACGGUCUUGUGAUAGCAUCACUGGAGAGCUACUCCCCAUUGGCCAGUGUCAGUUUGUUUGUCAGAGCCGGGAGUCGUUAUGAAACUGUGGAAAACAGCGGGGUUGCUCAUGUGCUUCGACUGGCAGCAAACUUGACCACUAAAGGUGCAUCUGCCUUUAAAAUAUGCCGUGGUGUGGAGGCACUGGGUGGCAGCCUUAGUGUGACAUCUUCAAGAGAGACCAUGGUUUACAGUGCAGACUGCUUGAGAGACAACUUAGACUCACUAUUGGAGUAUUUGGUGAAUGUGACCACAGCUCAGGAGUUCCGGCCAUGGGAGGUAGCGGAACUGACGUCCAGGGUGAAUAUUGAUAAGACACUGGCUCAGCAGUGUCCUCAAAUAGGUGUAAUUGAGAGACUUCAUGAAGCUGCAUACAAAAAUGCCCUGUCCAACUCUUUGUACUGUCCUGACUAUAUGGUGGGCCGUGUCUCACCUCAACAGCUGCAGUCAUUUGUUGAUGAAAAUUUCACCACUGGCAGAAUGGCUCUUGUAGGACUAGGUGUGAAGCACUCUACUCUUCGACAGGUCGGUGAGGGGCUCCUCAGCGCUCGCUCUGGACCUGGAGCUCCUGUGGCCAAGGCCAUUUAUCGCGGAGGUGAAGCCCGGAUUCACAGCAAUGACAACUUGGUCCACUCACUAAUUGUAAGUGAAGGGGGUGUUGCAGGCAGCGCAGAGGCUAAUGCCUUCAGCGUGCUGCAAAGGGUCCUGGGAGCUGGGCCACAUGUGAAGAGGGGCUCCAACAUCACCAGCAAACUGAGUCAGGGCAUCGCCAAAGCUACCACACAGCCAUUUGAUGUCACAGCGUUCAAUGCUUCAUACUCUGACUCUGGCCUGUUUGGAGUCUAUACCAUUUCACAAGCAGAUGCCGCUGGAGAGGUGAUCAAAGCUGCCAUUUCUCAACUUAGAGGUGUGGCUGAGGGAAAUGCAUCAGACGCUGACAUCACCAGAGCAAAGAACCAGGUGAAAGCAGAGUACCUGAUGUCUAUUGAGAGCUCUGAGGGUCUGAUAGAGGAGAUCGGCGCUCAGGCUCUGACCACAGCAACGUACCAGGUCCCUGAGACUGUCCUCCAGGCUAUAGAUGCUGUCACCCAUGAUGACGUGAUCAAGGCUGCCAACAAAUUUGUGAAUGGCAAGAAGACCAUGGCGGCUAGUGGACUCCUCAUUAAUACACCAUUUGUGGAUGAGUUAUGAAAUGAGAUAUAGGAAACGCUGAUUUUAACUUGGGCAUACAAUGCUGGGCUGCUUGAAAUGGAAAGAGGACCUGAAAAGCACAGCCUCCUGCAACAAAUCAUUCAGUGUCAUCAAUCGCUUGUUUUCUGUCGUGCAGUAAACACCAACAUGGAGCUGGAGAAAAAUAAUGCUAUUUUUCUUGGUGUUUGUCAUUUUCACUGUAUAUCUAUGUAAAUUAAAGUAACAAUGGUAAUAACA